AGCACCACUGCCCAUUCAAAACGGCAGGAGCGAGCCACACGUGAACGCCACGAGCAAGACGCACGGCCACUGAACAGUCCAAAGAAAACUUUGUGUGUGUGUGGAAUCGUGCACUUUUCUGAGUUCCUUUCUCGGGAAAUGGACAUCACUGCCAAGAUGGAAAUAAGCGUUAACCAUCAGCAGUUCAUGCCACCUGCCUGCUUUUUCGCCGCCGCUUCCCAGAGCAUCCAGCUGAGUCCAACCGACAGCCAGUGCAGCAACAAGUCCGCGUCCAAGCAGGCGAAGAGGCAUCGCUCGUCCUCUCCGGAGCUGCUCCGGUGCAAGAGGAGGCUUAACUUCGCGGGCUUCGGGUACAGUUUGCCCCAGCAGCAGCCGCACGCAGUGGCCCGGCGCAACGAGCGAGAACGUAACCGGGUGAAACUGGUGAACAACGGCUUUGCCACUCUGCGCGAACACGUUCCCAACGGCGCAGCGAACAAGAAGAUGAGCAAAGUGGAGACGCUGCGCUCGGCCGUGGAGUACAUACGUGCGCUCCAGCAGCUUCUGGAUGAGCAUGACGCGGUGAGCGCGGCGUUCCAGUCGGGCGUCCUGUCACCCACCAUCUCCCAGAACUACUCUAAUGACAUGAACUCUAUGGCUGGUUCGCCAGUGUCCUCUUACUCCUCGGACGAGGGUUCCUACGACCCACUAAGUCCAGAAGAACAAGAGCUCUUGGACUUCACCAACUGGUUUUGAACAUCAGUUAAAGGAAACUUAAAAAUCGCAGCACUCGAUUGGGAGGCACUCGGAUGACCCCGUCCUCCAUGAACACAAAGCACUGCGUUUGCGCUGCAAUCCGGUUCGGACAGUCUCGAAUCCACACUCAGAGAUGGCCCAUAUAAACCGGCAAACCGACAGCCACCGGCCCCGAGUGCAGUCAAAGAGCCAAAGGACUUAAAGGGAAGACGGCAUCCCUGGCAUCGUGGGACGUCCUGUCUUUCCAGCGCAUUCGCCCAAGAAAUCUAUUUUUUAAAAGACGGUCCACGACACUGUGGCAUAUAUACAACAACAAUAAGUGCUUUUCUUUACCUAUGGCUAAUCAAAGAAGGUUUGCCCUGUUCGAACCGACCCCUCACACAUGUAACUCUAAUAUGCUUCCAACGUGGCGAAUGUUAUUAUAUGAAGUUCUAUUUGUAUAAAAACAUGUUUUUUUUUUUAAACAUAUUAAGCUAUUUUUGUAUGUAAGAUAUUUAUAGAUGUUUUGUACACAAGCAUUUUAAUAAUGUAUAUAUAUAUUUUUGACAUCUAGCCUGGCGUAAAUGCUCAUUACCUCUCGCUUGUUCAGACGUAUAGUCUCAGAUGCAUGACAGCAAUUCCCUUUACGGUUGUGGAGGUUUUAGACAAGUGUGUAAUGCUCAAGAGUUUAAAUUGCAACACCAACGUGUCUUAUUAAAUAGGAAUAAUAAUUGCAUUUGUAAUAUGACUCAGAGUUCAUCGUGAUCAAAGUUAUGCAGCUAUUGUCCAAACGGAGCACAACGGCGGUGUUUUGUGUCUCCAUACUGCCUGUUCAAUUUUGCCUUUACAUUGCUGGGGUUUGCAUAUCUCAGUAAAUAGGGAAAA